UGGUGUUGAAACAUUCCGCGAAAAGAUAAUAUUAGACGUCAGUGUCCUUUAUAGAUGAGAUAUCGAUGAAGGGAGCUGUUUUAAAAUAAUCAUUUAUUUUUUCCUUUUCAAAACUAAACUCAACAUUCAUCAUGUCCGACGUCUAUCAGAGGAUAACUUAUUUUAAAAACUCAUCCAGGAUUUUGAUCAAUAUUGAAUUGCGUUUUAACCACGACUAUAUUCAAACUUUUAGUUCUUUUCUCAGUGAAAACUUUUCGGUCACGGGUAAAAGGGAACGCAACCAUCUGCAAUUACUCAAUUACCAUGAUUCUUUUAUGCUAGUUUGUAAAGUAAAAUCAGUCGACCUAUUUACAGGUUCUACGUGCCUUGUACUGGAUGCGAAUGACAGCUGCCUUGAUUAUAUUGUUAAAUCUUCCAUAAAAGGUCAUGCUGGUGAUUAUUACCCUAUUAAUUUAUUUCAUGAGCCAAAAUAUUUCACGCCUCAUCAAUUUCCCAUCAAAAUAAUUUGUUACUUAGAGUUUAAGAAUAUUACUCUAUCAGAUUUCUCCGAAAGUUUAACUCCAUAUAACUUUGAAUUGGAAGAACUGCAAGAGCUUUCGAAUGACUUCUCAAAGAUUUUGCAUCAAACUAUUGCCUCAGAUGUCACGUUAGAUGUUAGUGGUGUAAAGAUCAAAUCGCACAGAAACAUUCUGCAAGCAAGAUCACCAGUAUUUGACAGAAUGUUCAAUCAUGAUACAAGCGAAUCUGCAAGCAAUAUCAUAGUUAUCCCGGAUAUACGAGCUGAAAUAAUGAACGAUCUCUUGCUGUAUCUCUACUCUGGAGUGACGAAAACUCAUGACUUUGACGACGCUUGCGACCUCUAUUAUGCUGCAGAUAAAUAUGAAGUUUUGUCACUCCGCGAUGCUUGUAAAAGGGAUUUGCUGGUACAUCUGAAAGUAGAUAAUGCGUGCCAGAUGUUGAGUUUGGCCAAUCGACAUGGUAAUGAGACAUUUAAAGAAAAUAUACUGAAAUUCAUAAAGGAAAAUUUUAAAACUGUUAUCAAACUGGAAUCAUUUGAAGAACUUUCAGCCAACGAUCCAAAAUUGUCGGUGUUAGUGACGCGCUAUUGUAUGAACUAGAAAACCCAGGGAUCAAACGGAUAAAAUUAGUGACUCUAUACGUAAGCAAAAUUGCAAUAAGAAUAUCCUAUCGUAAAAAUUAGUAACUGCACGUAAGUAAAAUUGCUAUUAUAAGCAUAUUCUUUUGUAAAAAUUAGUGACUCUAUAGGUAAGCAAAAUUGCCAUAAGCAUAUUUUUUUGUUAUCUUUGGAACAAUAUACUGGAUGAAUUAAAUAUUAAUGGAUGUAAUUGUAAUAAAUGCUACUG